AUGGAGAACUUCCUGGCGCCUCGGAGCGAGCUGGUGCUGCAGCAGGGCCGGGCCCCGCUGCUCCUGGGGAAGGCGGGCGGACACUCCCGGCGGAAGCGGGAGUUCAUGCCGGACGACAAGAAGGACACCAUGUACUGGGAGAAGAGGCGCAAGAACAACGAGGCGGCCAAGCGCUCGCGGGAGAAGCGGCGCCUCAACGACGUGGCCAUGGAGAGCCAGCUGGCAGCGCUGAGCCGCGAGAACGCCGUGCUCAGGACAGAGCUGCUCUCCCUCAAGCUGCGCUUCGGGCUCCUCAGCCCCGGGCCUGGCCCCUACCAGGGCUGUCCCCUUGGGCUCUACCUCAGGGGGAACCGGGCAGCCUCACCCCUGCUGGGCAUGGAGCCCUUUGCUGGUGACUCCUGCUGCCCUGCCCGGAGGAGUUUUGUGCCCAAGGUGCUGGAACCGGCCGAGUUCCCUUGCAAAACCUUCAAGCCCUCCACAAACAUCCUCAGCUGCGAGCCCAAACCCAUUCCCAUGGACACACCCGGCCUCCAGCAACCCAAAAUGUUUGAGGAAUCCUUCAGCCCCAAAAGGUUUGAGGACUCCUUCAGCCCCAAAAGGUUUGAGGACUCCUUCAGCCCCAAAAGGUUUGAGGAAUCCUUCAGCCCCAAAAGGUUUGAUGCACCCUUCAGCCCCACAGUUUGCUCUCCAUUCCUCAGCUACCCAUGCCCAGACAAACAACCCUUCCCCUGCUCCUGGCUGGGCAGCGCCUGCUUCUUGUGCCCAUCCCCUGGCACCCCCGAGGCCAGGAAGGAGAGCAGCACUGCGGUGUCGGAUGAAGAUGAUGAGCAACAAGUGCCCAAAACUUCUCCUGUGCCCUCCUGCAGCCUGCCCUGCCCCUCAGAAGAGCAGCUGAAGGGCCGGAACUUUGCUGCCCUCCCACACAAGCUCCGGAUUAAGAGCAAAGCCCUGGGCAGUCUGGAGGAGACUGGGCUGGACUCACACUGA